UACUUCCCUUCCUCUCUCCACCAUUCCCCGUGGCCUCCGCGCAGUUCAACCAAAGCAGCCUUUUACGGCCGCGCCCUUUCGAUUUCCAACGCUUCCUAUCAGACCAAGCUCGCACUCUCAAGAAAAUGAGUUCCGAAGGAGAAAAGGCUAGAACCUCCGGCGAGGUCUCUCGUCCGGAGCCCGCUUUGCCCACCGUGAACCCGGCCGCUGAGAAGUCGGAGCCUCCCAAGGCGACCUUCCACCCUGCGGUCUACGUCAGUGUCUGGAUCACUCUGAGUUCCAGUGUCAUCUUGUUCAACAAGAAGAUUCUCGAUAACCCUGAAGCUCAAUUCCGCUUUCCUAUCUUCCUUACGACAUGGCACUUGGCGUUCGCAACUCUCAUGACCCAGAUCCUUGCCCGCACAACCAACUUGCUCGAUGGCCGGAAGACCGUGAAGAUGACUGGCCGGGUUUACCUGCGUGCUAUUGUCCCUAUCGGUCUCUUCUUCAGUUUGAGUUUGAUCUGCGGUAAUGUGACCUACCUGUAUCUGAGCGUUGCUUUCAUUCAGAUGCUCAAGGCUACCACUCCUGUUGCCGUGCUGCUGGCUACCUGGGGCAUGGGAAUGGCCCCCGUCAACCUGAAAGUCCUCUCGAAUGUCGCCGCCAUCGUUGUUGGUGUCGUCAUUGCUUCGUUCGGUGAGGUCAGGUUUGUCUUGAUCGGUUUCCUUUUCCAGUUGGGCGGUAUCGUUUUCGAGGCUACCCGUCUGGUCAUGGUCCAGCGCCUACUCAGCUCCGCCGAAUACAAGAUGGAUCCCCUUGUGUCUCUGUACUACUUCGCGCCCGUUUGCGCUGUCAUGAACGGUCUCACUGCCCUCUUCAUUGAGGUUCCCAACAUGACUAUGAACCACAUCUACACCGUCGGCAUCUCUACGCUGCUUCUCAACGCCAUUAUUGCUUUCCUGCUCAACGUUUCCGUUGUCUUCUUGAUUGGCAAGACUUCUUCCUUGGUCAUGACCCUCUGCGGUGUCUUGAAGGAUAUCCUGCUGGUUGCCGCCUCCAUGGCCAUCUGGCACACCCCCGUCACCUUCACUCAGUUCUUCGGUUACUCCAUCGCUCUUCUGGGUCUCGUCUACUACAAGCUUGGUGGCGACAAGAUCAAGGACUACACCGGCCAGGCUAACCGUGCCUGGGCUGAGUAUGGUGCCAACCACCCGGCGCAGCGCAAGUCCAUCAUCAUCGGUGCCAUUGUCCUGAUUUUCUUCCUCUUCAUCGGCUCCAUGGGCCCCAGUUAUGCCCCCGAGUCGAUGGACCGCAUGAAGGGCAUGCUCGGUGGUGGCGCCGCCCCUGCCGGAAGCGCAUAAAGCGUUUUCUCCUAAACGCCUCCCGGAGUCCACAGUUUUCUGGAUUUGACAAGACCUGUAAACCAGCGUCCAUGACGGGAUAGACGUGAUGAAGUCGGUGGGAUGCUUCCUAUAUGCCGUGAAGGCAUUGGGCAGCGAGACUGUGGACGCGAACUGUCAUCAACCAUUUCCACAUUCCUUUCUUUUCUUUU